AUGCCAUAUUUUUGUCCUAGGCUUGUUCGCUGCCACGUGCCAAGAUUUUCAUACAGGCAUGGGAUGAUUCCAGACCACUAUGUGAUGCCCUGGAAACAAGAUAUGAAGUUUAGAAAGAUAAAGUUAAAGCAUGCUGAACUUGUUGGGCUAUAUUCUGGAGCUCCCGAAGACACUCUGUUUUUAGACAAAAGUGAGAGGCAUUGCCAUGGAGAGGACCGAAAGCAACUCCUACUGAAAGUUCCACAGCAAAUGACAAUUGCCGAUAUUCCCAUCUAUUCUCACCUCUCCAGAUACCACAAGUCCAUAGUGGGUUAUGGAUUCAGGCUCAAACUCUGA